AUGCACGGAGCAGGCGAUCCCGACCAUGUUGGGUGGAGCUCGCUUCCACGAGGUCGGGACGGCGGGCCCGUCAACGGCCAAUCCCUGAGCGUGCAGAAAGUGCACAGACGGACACGCGGUAUUGUGGUACACGACGAAGAUCCCUUCUGGAAGAUCGGCGAUCGCUUCGACUGUCCAUUCUGGUCGCUGGCCACGGUGGGUCGAUUGGAUCUUCAGGGUGCGAUCGACGAGAUAUUCGCACCUUCUUAA